AUGCAGGGCAGGAAGGAAAAUAUCUUGUCUUCUACUGACAAAAUAAAUGCUUUUCAGAAGAAAUUGACAAUAUGGAAGAAACGCAUAGCUGCAGGAAAUUUGGAAAUGUUUCCAAGUGUUUUUAAAAGGAAUUGUCAAGAAAUUGCGCUACUGAUUUUGAACCAUUUGCACACUUUGUUAACAAAUGCUGGCAAAUAUUUUCCAUCGAUAUCUGUUGACCAGUAUGACUGGAUUAGAAAUUCAUUUGUGGAAUUUGAGCCAUUUGAAGAACAAUUCACAUUAACAGAAGAAGAACUUGUCAGUGUUUUAAAUGACAGAACAUUAAAGUUGAAGCAUUCUGAGCUUAACUUGACUGCAUUUUGGUUGCUGGUUGAAAAGGAAUAUCCUGCAAUUGCCCAGAAAGUGCUGCGACUUCUUGUGCAGUUUUCAACCUCCUACUUGUGUAAAUUUGGAUUUUCAGCCCUGACAACUAUCAAGCACAAGAAGCGAGCACAAUUGCUGUCUGUGGAAGAUGAACUUCGUGUGUGUCUAUCAAAAACACGACCCAAUUUUAAAGAGUUGUGCAAGAAACACCAGGCUCAAGUUUCUCAUUGA